GUCUCCACGCCUACGCCACUCCUCACUGCCCAGAGAGAAGACAUUUCACCUCGCCUCGCUGCGCCAUUCUUUUCCGGACUACAGAAACUAGUCGGUGUUGAACAUGUUUCGGGUCAGCGUUUUCUGUCACGUCCUGUUCCUUUCGCUGAUGUGUUAUUGCGGGGAGUCAUGUGUCCAGAAGCAUAUCCAAGCACAGGUUCCUGAGAUGCUGGAGCCUGGUUAUGUUGUUUCUCAAGUCAAUUUGGAUGGUUGUGGAGUUGGGCCUCUGGGUUUGACCUCCAGUGACCCAGCUUUCACAGUACAAAUGGAUGGCACCAUCCAGGUUGUCCUUAUAACCACAGUACCAGGGGAUGGCAAGACUUUCUGGAUAACUGUUCAGAACAGCAAGGGUCACAGAUGGUUUGUGGAUGUCAGCCUUUCCCCCACUGGUCAGGUGUCCAACAAUGCAGUUCUCAAACGCUCCAAAAGAAGAUGGAGUCCUCCGCCUUUCAGUAUCAGGGAAAAUGAUAGGGGUCCUUUCCCCAAAGAAAUGGAGAUGAUUGCAUCAGACUCCUCAGCAAAUUACUCAGUUUAUUAUGUGAUUAAGGGACCUGGUGUUACGGAUAAUCCUGUGGGUCUGUUCUCAGUUGUCGCACAGAAUGGCCUGUUAAAAGUCCAUUCCACCAUUGACCGUGAGCAGUACCCUAAGUUUGUAUUUACAGCCUAUGCCUACAACACAUACACCAAACAAGAGACCGAUGCACCUCUGCCAGUCACUGUGCUCAUAGAGGAUGAGAAUGACAAUCCUCCACAGUUCUCUGGCCCUAUGGAUUUUGCUGUGCAGGAGCAAUGCCCCAUGGGCACUGUUGUAGGUCAAGUGAAUGCAUCAGAUAAGGACGAACCGAACACCCUUCACACCAAGAUCAAGUACACUCUACUGAAUGGCACGAACCUGUUCCGUAUUGACCCCUACAGUGGAGUUAUCUCUGCCAGUACCAACACAUUGGACAGAGAGACAGCAGAGAAGUACAUUCUUGCAGUACAGUGCAGAGACAUGGAUGGAGCUUCUAAUGGUCUUUUCAGCACAGGGAAGGCUGUGGUGUCUCUGAAUGAUAUCAAUGAUAAUCCUCCUACCUUUACCCAAGCAGUGUACAAAGGCCAGGUGACGGAGAACAAAGCAGAUGUGCUGGUCCUCAGGAUCCCUGUGAAUGACAAGGACUUGAAGAACACCCCUAACUGGAAAGCAGUGUAUGAAAUCACCAAGGGCAAUGAGAGUGGCAACUUCUUGAUCAAAACGGAUCCGGCCACAAAUGAAGGACUCCUUUAUGUCACAAAGCCUCUGGAUUAUGAGAAGCAGCAGAUAGUGAACCUGGAGGUGAUGGCACGUAAUGAGGCUCCUCUAGUAGGAAGCAGCUCAACCUGGCAGAAAGUGCCCGUGGAGAUCAAUGUAGACAAUGUGGAUGAAGGACCAGAAUUCUCUGUACCUAUACUCCAGCUCAAAGUUAAAGAGAAUGUACCUAAUGGGACUCUAAUCGGAACCUACACAGCCACUGAUCCAGAGACCAAAAGCAGUAAGGACAUAAAAUACUACAAGUUGACUGAACGAGAUACCUGGAUCAAUGUGAUAGACAGCACUGGCGAGCUGAAGACAGCAAUGACCAUUGACCGAGAAUCACCACUUGUAUAUAAUAAUACAUAUAACAUCACUGUCAAAGCAGUGGAUAAGAGUCAGAAGACUGGUACUGGUACGGUGUUGAUCCUCAUUGAGGAUGUGAAUGAUAAUAUGCCAAUAAUCAAUAAAUCAGACCACGUCCUGUGCAACAAAGAUGGUAGGCGGGGCUCCAUACUCAUUGAGGCUAAAGACCUUGACCAGAAGCCAUACUCUGCUCCAUUCAACUUUAAACUGGGCAGUGUGAAUGCUGAACAAUGGAGGCUAAAAAGUGCCACAGAUACCUCAGUAAUGCUGGAGCCAGCUGUGGACUUGCCCAAUGGUAUGUACCAAGUCCCAAUACAAGUGAAGGACCUUCAGGAUUUUGGGGAAGAGCAAACUGUGUCAGUGCGAGUAUGUGAUUGUACGAUGGAGGGAGUGUGUGCACCUCAACGUUUUUCCACCACACUGGGAGUGUGGGGUGUCCUCGCCAUGCUUCUGGGACUGCUGCUACUUCUACUGCUCUGUCUGCUAUGCAUAUUAGCGUGCAGCACAAAGGGAGAGAAACUGGCUUUGACUGAUGAUGAUGUACCUGGCUCUGGUGGAAUGCUGCUCAAAUCAAACUUUGAAGCUCCAGGGGAGGAAGUGAAAGAGGCACUGCUGAUGAUGCCUGGCAGUGGGGCAGAUAUAGUGGACAGCUAUAAAGGAGGAGCCCUGCUGGACCAGCAGACCAUGCUGAGCUCAUCUGGAGCAAAUUUUGGACAGAAGCAAACAUUUGGAGGCAGCAUGUACCACAACAACAUGCAAGGCUUCAUGAACACCAACACAUUGUCCUCUGGACAGUACAACACAGGCAUUUAUGGCAACUCCUAUAAGAAAUAUUCCACCAUGUCAACAAUGGAUGGGUGGAGGGAAAAUGGGCUUCAGCUUGAUAAAAAACUGGUCUACUUUCGGGAGGAUGCAGAUGCGCGAUUUGCAGACGAUAUCCUGAGGCCUUAUGGGUAUGAGGGAAUGGGCUCUCCUGCAGGGUCUGUUGGGUGCUGUAGUACCCUUGGUGAACAGGAGUCACUGGAUUUCCUCGAUUCUCUUGGACCUAAGUUCAAAACACUCGCUGAUGUAUGCACAAGCAAAUCACAGAGGGGAGGGCAUUGAAAUGGGUGCAGAUGAAAAUAGGAGAAAUUACCUGAUCAUUUGGAGACAAAGAGUCAGGAUAAGUAGAAAUGGGAAUACUCUGGAUGUUGUGAACACUAGCCACUGAAACAAACGCGAAAGCCUUAUGUAUUACUAUCUGGAGUCUACGGCAGAAAAAAGGACUGUUGAAUUUCAGAUUAAGUGUGCAGAGUAUGUUUGUAUGUGCAUUUUAUAUUUGAUGGGUUUGCUGUUGUGUGUACUACUAUAGACUGGAUCUCACUGUCAACGCCUAUUAUUAUUGUUCCUUUUAUGAUUAUUUCACUAUUUUGUUAUAAAGCAAUAUUUCAUGAGGAUUGUUGGGUCCUAAUAUGCACCAGCAGCACCCACAUUUUAAUGGGCCUCAAAAACAGAAAGGGAAAUAAAAGUGUAGCUGAGGUCACCUGCCUCUAAAACGGUUGAAUUCCAUUUCUGAUUUCUACAGAACACUACAAGCAAUUUCUUAGUUUCGACUAUAACAGACUUGCUUUUAAUUAUUAAAAUAGAAUUAAUGUAAUGAAUGUAAAGCUUUAAGAGGCACAUCUUUCCAUUUGUACAGGUUGUCUCUCUAGGGGUCUGUUGGUGCUGGUAUAUUGCUACUGUCCAGUAGAACCCGGUCAUGGUGGUUCUGAGUAUUACUAAGGGUCUGAUGGGUUCUUCAAACCAUUUGAUAUAAUAUUUUAUCAGAAUACAGGGAGGUGCUUUUGUGGCUCAAGAAAGAAGUGACAGUAAGUUUAAGAAAGAAUAAUGGAGACUGCUGGUUCGUAACAGUUUCUCUACAUUGGGUCUACAUUUAGUGUCUCAUGCCAGAUAUGAACAUACAGCAUUACUUUGCAUGAGGCACAUAUCAGAAACUCAUCAAACCAAACUCAUUCCACUAUUUUUUUUUUUAUAAACUACUGUUGUCAAUGCUUUGUUAGUAUGCUUUUGUGUGAAAUGGUUGUAAAUUUUUCUUUCUUUCUUUCUUUUUUUUUUUUUUAUUUAAAAAAACUAAAAUUUUACUAAGAUUGUAAAAUAAAAUAUGCUUGGAUGAGAUUAAGCGAAAGGAAAGGAUAGAAUAAUACUUUAAAGUAUAUAGUUAAUUCUAAGAUUGUGUCAUGAAGGCAUGGGUAUGCUGUAGGAAAAUUAGCAAUGGGGUGCUGGGAUGCAGCCUUGGAGUGUUUUAUUCCUUUUAUACCGCAGCAAUUUGUCAACACUUAACUUCUAAUUUAUUAAUGAAUGACUCAUUGUGCUUUUUAUCUGUUUUAAUGUUGUGGAACAUCUGCAAGGCAAGUUAGUUCCUGCUAUCACUUAUAGCAGCUAUAAGCUGUAGUUCCUUCAAUAGCCUCCCAUUUUCUAUCUCUUGAAGUGAAUACAUGCAGACUGUUAUCUUACCAAGAAACAGUAAAACUUAGUCUUGUGUCUUGAAGAUUCUCUUGUGUCAGAAAACCUCCUGUCUGUUAUACAAGGCAGACACUGAAGACUCCUCUCAUUUCCUAAAAGAAACCCUCAAUGAUUGGUUUUCUUUGUUAAAUAACGGCAAAUUUUUUUAAACCUGUUUUUUAAAGCCUUGGAUUAUUUAGAGCAAUGGUCUUUCAUGUUUUCGAACCCAAUAUCACUUUGGAAGUCAAAAUUUGAACUGAGAACUACCACACUAUACAAUGGAUAUAAAAAGUCUACAGACUCCGGUUAAAAAGGUUUUAAUCAUCAGGUAAAUCAUGCCAGAACUUUUUCCACCCUCAGUGUGAAAUUACAGCAAGUAAAUAAAAAUUAAAAAAUGAAAACAAUCAGAAUUUUUUUUUUUAAAAGGAAAGUAAAAAACUUACAAUAACCCAGUUGCAUAAAUGUGCACAUUCCUAAACUAAUACCUUGUUGAAGUGCCUUUUGAUUUUAUUACAGCAGUAUUUUUGGGUAAGAGUCUAUGAGCAUGGCACAUCUUGACUUGGCAAUAUUUUCUCACACUUUCUUACAAAAACAUUCUAGAUCCAUCAAAGCGUGAGGGCAUCUCCUGUGCACAGUCAGUUUCAGGCCACCGCACAGAUUUUUAGCUGGAUUCAGGUCUAGGCUCUGGCUGUGUCAUUCAAACAGGGUUUGUACAAGGUGCUUGAAGUGCUUGAAUUUAGCUUUUUGAAAUGUAAGUACUUUUUUAGUACAUACUUGAUCUAGUGGUGCUUAAAAAGUGCGUGAAUUAUAAAAAGUUAAUAAAUACGAACUCUCUAAUAA